CCGUCCAAGCCUCCUCGAAAUCAAAUCCAAAAGCUCCCUCUUUUUGAAUUUCUACAGCUCCUCUCUCUCUCUCUCUCACUAUAUACCUCGCAUUCGCCACUUCCCAGCGCCGGAUCCCCCACCUCGGAGGCUUGCCUGUCUGGCAUUCCCGAUCUCUCGGCUUGGACUUUCCUAGGGCGACAAGGAUCGAUGAUGAACCGGAGCCCGAUUGGGGGUAGAACCCUCAAGGGGGCCAUGGCCAAGGACAAGGAAGAGGACCUCGCCCUCUUCCUUGAGAUGCGGAAGCGUGAGACACUUCUUCUUCUCCACAACACCGACGAAGUUGAGCGGUCUGAACCUGGUGCUUCCCACUUCUUCAAGAUCCCGCCUUCUGCUCCCCCGCGCAAGGCUGGCAUUGAGGAUUUUCUCAACUCUGAUAAUGAUAAGAAUGAUUACAACUGGCUUCUCACACCACCAGGAACGCCACUUUUUCCAUCAUUAGAAAAGGAGUCCCCGAGAUCUCCUGUGGGGCAAGUUGGAAAUCCAAAAGCACGUCCCACUGUAUUGAAAUCUCGAUUGGCACAUCCUCAUGAUCCUUCAUCCACUAGAGUCUUGGCUUCUGCAAGACCAACCUCAUCCUCUGGCUUGAACUCUUCAGGUAUGGCAAGUCGUAGACCAUCAUCAUCCGGUGGCCGUAGUACCACUUCAUCAAGACCUGCGACCCCAACUGGACGUCCUACUAUUGCCACUACUAAACCUUCUAGACCUUCCACUCCCACUUCACGACCUACAUUACCUUCAAAGCCAGUGGCACCGCCUCCUAGAUCAUCAACACCUUCUAGAUCUUCUACUCCAACGCCCAGACCUGCACCAACUGCCAGUAGGCCUGCACCUGCAUCAAGGGCAUCCACUCCAACAAGAAGAGCUUCAACCCCGAGUGCUACCCCAUCACACGCUCCUACAAGUUCUACCAUUCCUGGUCGGUCAGCAAGUUCCACCGUUCCUGGUCGGUCAGCAAGUUCCACCGUUCCUGGUCGGUCAGCAAGUUCUACCGUUCCUGGUCGAUCAGCAAAUUCUACCGUUCCUGGUCGGUCCGCUGCUGUCAUGAAGUCUGGUCAGACAGUGCCGAAAACUUCGGCCCCACCUUCACGGGGAACCUCACCUACAGUGAAAUCAAGACCAUGGAAACCUUCAGAAAUGCCUGGUUUUUCACUUGAGGCACCUGUAAAUUUGAGGACUUCAAUGCCAGAGAGGCCCUCCUCUGCUUCCCGGGGUAGACCUGGAGUACCCAGCUCCAGGUCUGCUGAGACUGGACCUGCUACUAGACCAAGAAGGCAGUCCUGCUCCCCCGCUAGAGGUAGAGCUCCAAAUGGGACUGUUCAGAGUGGGACUUCUGUGCCUGCAGUAAAUCGAUCACGGCUAAAUGGUGGUGAUAAUGUAAGCCCUGUUAUGAUCGGGAGCAAGAUGGUUGAACGGGUUGUGAAUUUGAGAAGAUUGGUGCCUCCCAAGCAAGAUGACUUGCGAUCUGAGAAUAACCCCAGAUCAUCCUCAUCUCCAGAUAGUGCAGGCUUUGGGAGGACAUUGUCUAAGAAAUCACUGGAUAUGGCUUUGAGGCACAUGGAUAUUCGGCGGAGCAUUCCGAACAAUUUGAGGCCGUUAAUGACCAACAUUCCAGCAUCUUCUAUGUACAGUGUGAGGUCUGGGCCAACAAAGAGUCGCACAGUGAGUGUUUCAGAUUCACCCUUGGCAACAAGCAGCAAUGCCAGUUCGGAACCGAGUGUGAGCAAUGUAAUCCACUCUUUGGAUGGAAUCGAAUUUGGAAAUGAUGAUAUUGGAAGUGAGAAAGGAAGCAGGUUUUCUCCAGGUGGUUCACUUACCAGAUGAAGUAGCAGAAAUAGAUUGUUCUCGCUUCUUCUCCGUAAUACUACUGACAUGUGCUUGUUAGGCAUAAAAGAAAAAAAAAAAUUCCAUUCUCUUUGCUAUUCGGCUGCAGCUUGGAGAGAAAGCUGAGAAGACCAGUGAUGAUGACAGAAUGGAGUUACUUUAACAUUUUCUCUGUUCUGGCUAGUUUUAUCUUGAUAGACUUGUGAUGUUGUACUACCAUCUAAUACCGAUCUGAUUAUGUAUCUUUCAUGGUUUCUUAAACAGUCCUAUGUGUACAAUGUCAGGUAAUUUAUUUGCUUAUAUACCGCGCUAUCUAGGCCAUUAUUCCUCCCCAAUCUCUAUG